ACACUUCGCUUGCACGUCGGACGCUGACAUGGCGCAUCUACUGCUGUUGCUGAUAUGUCUGACCCCCCAGCUGGCUGCUUACAUAAUUAUGGUCCUCUUACUGCUUCAGAUUGGACAUCGACAGGUGCACAAGAACUUGUUUUCGAUCCCCCCCGGGCCGAGACUCAGGAAGGAGGGGCGGCCAUGGUAUGUAACCUGUUUUGUCAACGGAAUUGAAGACCCACGACAGAAAAAGGUAGAAUGGGUGGAUCCUGACGGAGACGUAAUUGAAUAUUAUGACAGGAGAUUGGGAGGCUCAAGCAACGGUCACGUGUUGGGGUUCCGGGAAUACUGGGACGAUUACGUCAAGAAUACAGGGAAUUAUACAUGCAGUGCAACAAUCGCAGGGAAGACUGUGAAGAAAACUAUCUGGGUGGAUUUCUCAGAUGACCAAGCUGUCGGUAUCUACCCAAGUAAAAAUAACAGUAUAUCGCGAAUCGAAGGAACGGGUAAACUGGUUCUCACCUGUAAAGCCAUAGGCUUUUCAGCCUCAGACACCAAGUUGGAAUGGAUGGAUCCUAACUACAGAACCAUUGGACAUGACCAAACCACCAGCAGGAUCCACACAGAACAACUGUCUCUGAGAACACGUCUGCACUUUGAUGACGUCAAGGUUGAAGACCAUGGACUAUACACAUGCCGUGUGAUUACUGGUGGUCUCACAAUAGUGAAACAAGUACAGGUCAACGUCUACGGAAUAUCUAUCUUCCCAUCACAAAGUCCUCUAAGAGUGAUGAAGAAGACAGACAUAUCUUUGCACUGCCAGGUGACCAAACCAUCAGGAGCGAAACGUGUAACUGUAUCGUGGAUGCACUCAUACUCCAUUAAAGUAUCCCCUUACGACCCAAAGAAAACGAACAGGAUAUUCUCACGGAACAGCUCUUUGGGGAGCACUAUGUACAUUGACGACCUGGCCGAUGCCGACAACCGAACACACACGUGUCAAGUCUGGAUCGACGGAAACUUUCUCCUACGUGAAAUAAGCCUCCAAUUUUUCGAUCCCCCCCCGAAAUUGUUAUUACUCCAGUAGAAGAGAGUAUACGGCGAAUGAAAGACACUACCACAUCGAUAUAUUGCAAAUCAAAGGGACUUUCAGAUACGCAGCUGCACAAUGCCAAGUUCGAGUGGUUGGACAAACACGACAAUGUCAUUGGACCCUUCAUCGAAGAUGAUCCCAUACGCAACAGGGUCUACGCAAUGCACCUGCCCGAUGGAACACGUCUUCAGCUUAAUCAACUGACCAGUGAAGAGCAAGGAACGUACACCUGUAGAUGGAGAGUCGGGGACAACAUCAUGAUUAGUGAGAUUCACCUGAUUAUCUACGGUAAGCCAGAGGCACCGACGAAUCUUCAAGCCGCAGAUGCCGACACCAGUUCCAUUACAAUCACCUGGGAGAAAGGGUACAACGGAGACUCCAAGCAACGUUUCAACAUAGAAUACAGACAGCGUGACGGACGUGACGGACAAUGGACCACCCACCCCACCGUGCCACGGGACCUCCACGCCCUUGAACUAACACUGGGUGGUCUCAAAACUGCAACAGUCUACGAGAUUAGGAUAAAUGCUAUGAAUAAAUAUGGUUCCAGUAGCUACGCGUCAGUCAGUGUGACAACGUUUUGACGGAUGCAGCACCGACCCUUGAUGCCAGAACAACACGGGGUUAAUCUUACAGCAUGAUGAUGCAAAACCCGAUCGUAAUCUGACCUGAAUAUUUUCAUCUUUGCCACUAUUUGCAGUCUAAUAAAUAUUGUUGAAGCACGACGGUUA